AUGACAGCAGUAGAAGUCGCCAAUGAGCCUCACAAGGCGUUUGAUACCAUUCUCGUUCUCGAUUUUGGAUCUCAAUACUCUCAUUUGAUUACAAGACGGCUUCGUGAGCUUAAUAUUUACUCAGAGUUGCUACCAUGCACUCAGAAGAUCGCGGAGCUGUCGUGGAAGCCCACCGGAGUGAUUCUCUCUGGAAGCCCAUACUCCGUGUAUGAUCAAGACGCCCCCCACGUUGACCAAGCUGUUUUUGACUUGGGUGUUCCAAUUCUCGGUAUCUGCUAUGGUUUGCAAGAACUUGCGUGGCAUCAUGGUAAAAAUGUUGCCGCAAGUGAUAACAAAGAGUAUGGACACGCCUACCUGAACAUUCAGCGGCACGGGGAGAAGGGACAGGCAAAUAUUGACCGCUUGUUCCAUGGGCUUGAGGAUAAAGUCGAGGUUUGGAUGUCACACGGAGAUAAACUGUCUCGGCUUCCCGACGGGUUUGAGAUCAUUGCUACUACGUCCAACGCGCCCUACGCCGGCAUUGCGCACCAGACUAAGCCGUACUUUGGAAUCCAGUUCCACGCAGAGGUGACCCAUACCCCCUGUGGAAAACAAGUGCUGGAUAACUUUGCCGUCAAGAUUUGUGGCGCUAAACAGGAAUGGACAAUGGACAAAUUUGUCGACAAGGAGCUGGCUAGAAUCCGCGCUAUGGUUGGAGAACACGGACAGGUCAUUGGUGCUGUGAGCGGUGGAGUGGAUUCUACCGUUGCUGCUAAACUGAUGAAAGAGGCUAUCGGUGAUCGUUUCCACGCCGUCCUUGUUGACAACGGUGUACUGAGACUCAACGAGGCCGAAAUCGUCCGGGAAACUCUCACAAAGAGCCUAGGCAUCAACCUUACAGUCAUUGAUGCCAGUGAUAAAUUUCUAGGCCGCCUCAAAGGCGUUGUUGAUCCUGAGCAAAAGAGGAAGAUUAUUGGGAACACCUUUAUCGAAAUUUUCCAGGACACUGCAAAGACCCUUGUGGAGCAAUCAGCCGGUUACAAGGAGGGUACUAAGAUCGAAUGGCUUCUUCAGGGGACCCUUUACCCGGAUGUUAUCGAAAGUAUCUCCUUCAAGGGCCCUAGCGCCACGAUCAAGACCCACCACAAUGUCGGUGGACUGUUGAAGGGCAUGCACCUAAAGCUUAUCGAGCCUCUCCGUGAGCUCUUCAAGGACGAAGUCCGUAGCCUAGGAACAAACCUUGGUAUCCCUGAAGAUCUGGUAUGGCGACAUCCCUUCCCCGGACCUGGAAUCGCUAUCCGUAUCCUUGGGGAGGUCACCCCCGAACAGAUCCGUAUUGCUCGGCAUGCUGAUUCGAUAUUCAUUGACGAAAUCAAGGCAGCCGGCCUAUACCGUGACAUCAGCCAGGCCUUUGCCGCCCUUUUACCUGUCAAAGCCGUUGGGGUUAUGGGAGAUAAACGUACACACGAGCAAGUAAUUGCCCUUCGUGCGGUUGAGACCACCGAUUUCAUGACGGCAGACUGGUAUCCAUUUGAUGGAAACUUCUUGAAGAAAGUGAGCCGCAGAAUCGUGAAUGAGGUCAACGGUGUCUGUCGUGUACUUUAUGAUGUUACGAGUAAGCCUCCAGGAACCAUUGAGAUGGAGUAA